AUGACUAUCCGGCUGCCUCCCUCUGCCCCUUCUCCACCCCAUUGGAUAGAAUCCCCAACCCCCGAACCCUCUCAGCUUCCGACUCUGUGUGGGACUUCAUCUGCUUCCUUCAAGAGACAACCUUCUCCUUCGAUGUACAACAGCGGCAUCAACAUUCCCCGAAAAACCGAAGACUUGCCUGAUUGGUUGAACGGGUGCAAGACCGAACCUAAUGGGCCAAGCGCACACAAACAACCACGUCUAGACAGUAACUCAUCCGUCAAUCCACACUUGAACUUCUCCCUUUCGAACCCCCUCACCGGUGCUCCACAGACUUCAAACUACAUUCAUGCAAAUGUAUCUCUACAUUCUACCGCAGCUAUUAACCCAACUCCAUCAAUGACAGAGACUUUGGGCUUCGUUCCGGGCACCCCUGGUACCAGAUUUACGAAGGAUCAGCCUUGCUUCGCCGUUAGUGUCACCAAGCAACUCAAGAAGCACCGCUCUGCAGGUCCGUUCCUUGCUCCUGUAGAUCCUGUGGCUCUCAUUACUCCAUUGCUACCUCACGUAGCUCCCGUGUCUACUACUACAGCUCAGCUUGAUUGUCCAGUUGUACAACCUGCAACCCUUCCUGCUGCGUCCAAAGGCAAGUCCAAUUCUGCAAGAUCAGCCAAGCCCAAGCAGACUCAUGUCAGUUCUGGAGACAAGUCUGCUAGCUCGGUUUUGAAUCCAUCUGCUAAGCGCCAAGCUAAAGCAGUUGAGCAGCCGUCGUUACUUGGUCAAUUGGAGCAGCCUGAGUUGGCCCGCAAAUUUAUUUAA